GCGCCCGGGCCCAGAGCCGCUCUGCGCAAGCGCGACCGGCGGAGCACCUCCGAGGAGUCCGCCCGGAAACAAAUAUUCCCCAGGGCAAUGUCACCACCUGGUCUUCCCCAGGAGCCAGACAGAAACAGUUUGCUAGAUGAUGCUAAGGCCCGCUUAAGAAAGUAUGAUAUUGGAGGCAAAUAUUCUCACUUGCCAUAUAACAAAUAUUCCAUCCUUUUGCCAUUGGUGGUUAAAGAAGGAAAACUCCAUUUGUUGUUCACCGUCCGGUCAGAGAAGCUAAGAAGGGCCCCUGGAGAAGUUUGCUUCCCUGGAGGUAAGCGUGAUCCUACAGACAUGGAUGAUGCAGCCACGGCUCUCCGGGAAGCCCAGGAGGAAGUGGGGCUGCGUCCUCAUCAAGUGGAAGUUGUCUGCUGCCUGGUGCCAUGUCUUAUUGAUGUAAGGGUUUCCUCAGACACUGGAGCGCCGUCCCCACCCCCAGACAGAUGCAUUGAUAACUCCAUUUGUGGGUUUAAUAGACCACAACUUCCAGGCCCAGCCGAAUCCUGCUGAAGUUAAGGAUGUAUUCCUGGUGCCUCUGGCCUAUUUCCUGCAUCCACAGGUCCAUGACCAGCAUUACGUCACACGUCUCGGUCACCGUUUUAUUAAUCAUAUCUUUGAGUACACAAACCCUGAAGAUGGUGUCACUUACCAGAUCAAGGGAAUGACGGCAAACCUUGCAGUGUUAGUGGCCUUUAUCAUUUUGGAAAAAAAACCCACCUUUGAGGUUCAAUUUAAUCUUAGUGAUGUAUUAUCAUCCUCUGAAGAGUUAUUCCUGAAGGUUCAUAAAAAAGCUACAAGCAAGUUAUGAUUUACGAGACCAAGAGACAAAGAACUAUCCACGAGGAUUCUGUGUGUGCUUAUCCAUAGAACAACAAUAACGCCAGCUGUUGGAAUUUGACAGGUGUGAAUAUUUUUUCUGCAGUAUGUAGUUAGAAUCUUUGCCUCUUUUCCAGUUGCCUUCUAUUGUCUGAAAAAGUAAAAGUCAUUCAAAAAUGAAAAAUAUGUUUAUAGUGUUGCAUAUUUUUACCCAAAAUAUGUUAAUAUUUCUUACACAUAUAAGAAAGAAUAUGUGGCACAUAGUAGGCCCUUAAUAAAGAUUUGUUGAAUAUA